AUGUCUUCCCUGAAUUUCAAUGUCUCGCGCGCUGCAGAAUGGCCCACUGAGAUACAGCAAUUGGCGUGCUUACUUGACUCUCCAAUCCCAUCACGACUUGCCAAUGGCCCAUACCCACCUGUCUCUUCUCGGGCGUCUCCGUUACUCGAGGAGCUAGAAAUUAUCCUAGAAUGUUCACCAGAACAUCUCACAGAUUCCUCCUCGGAAGUACUAGAUAUUUUGGAUCUACUGCUUUCGACUGUUGGCGCGCUCAAAGCUCUCGCCGGCGGUUCGAAGGAUGAUACUAGGCAGUCAACGAUACCAUUUUGGUCGCUUCUUAUACGUUCGCUGUCGUUUGUGUGCUAUGAUAAGUCAUAUAUAAUGCAAGAUGUUGCGUUCGUUCGACCACGAUCAUCACAUUCUCUGAACAAGAUGGGGGACGGACAUGCUUCAUUGCUGAUAUCUCAUAUCGUUGAAGAUAUUCAACGGCCGAGGCCAAUUGUAGACGAUGAAGCUUCGGGGCACGUUUCUAUGAUGAGAGCGGAACGCUCCAACGAACCAUCGCAGGAAGAAUACGACUCUGAAACUUCCUACGAUGACGAAUCAUCCUCCGAUAGUGACACCAGCUAUGAACGCACGGAGGCUUCAACGGAUCCGACGUCUGCCCAGUCAUCUUACGUUCCCCUUGAUGGUCACGUUCUUGCUUAUUGGCGACACCCGAACUCUGUUGUUCUCCCGUACCUUUGUGUCACGGAUGAAGAAGACAUUUUCAGCCUAAUGAGCGGUGUUGUUUAUCAGCGUUCUACUUGGGGAAUUGCUGGGCCUGUUAUUGGAAUUAUUCUGUCGAAAACAGGGUUGGUAGGCCGGGUGGUCUUCGGUUGGCUUGACAAUGUAUGCGUGGACCCUGAUCUACCUGCAGUUCAUUUUGCGCACGCAGAUGGGACGCGUAUAGACCCCUCAUUAGGAGUGUACGACCUCACUGACGCGGUCAGUGGUCUCAAAUUUGCACAAUUCAUCAUCGGCCUCCGGGCGCAUGUCGAGGGAAUCGUUGCCCAAAGCCGAACUCCGACGUUCAAACGACUGCCGUGGAGAUCAGAUACCAUUGAUGAUGAUGAUUCCGGUUCCGAAGAAGAACAAUGGGAACAAAGGAUUGUUUGUUGGCUAAAUACGGUGGAAAAAUGUGACACCGACCACACAGCACCUUCCGAUCCUUCAUCAACUCACUGCUGUUCAUACAACAUGGCUGACUCCAAAAAGCGGAAUACGCGGGCCUCUUCGAAGGCUACAUCUGCACGCCAUCCGCGGCGCUCGCUGUCUGCAGACAGCAAACGAGAAUUUCCUCCAGCAGAUCUUACACCCUUUGUGCCCGAUAUCGAUCUCACAUAUCCCCGAGAGCCCUCCCUUGGAGCUACAGGUUCGAAGACCCCGUCAGAUAGGGCGUCAGCUCAGGCUGAAGAACGUGGACGACAACAAACAAAGACGGAUGGUGGUUCUUCUAAUAAUGGAAAGACUGGUGCGAAGUCCUUGGCUGGCAUAUCCCCUGCCGCAAAGCUUUCUUUCUCAAGCUAUGCACACGAUCGCAAAAUUAUCAGUUUGAGCAAUAUACCAUUGCGCAUAAAUGCUCAUGGAAGUGUCGAAGCUGCUGACGAGAUUAACGAGAUGCUUGAAUUCUAUGAGGAAAUGACCAAGCGAGUGAAGUCUGCAACGACGCAAAGCGAGCUACUCGCAAUUGCGGAAGAGCAGGAAGGGCAUAUUCAGGUACCUGACGAGGAAGUAGGGAGGCGGACCGACGACAAGCAAGGAUCAAACGGUACCCGGGCGACCAGAAAAGAAAACUUGCUGCAGCCAUUUUCGGUGACGUGCUCAGUGACGAAAUUAGCACCCAAGAUGACAUUCCCCACUGGGGUGGUAAUGAACACUAAGGAACUGCACACUAAACUUCUCUUCGCCGUUUUCGUUGCCGAAUACAAGAAGCCUACCCAGACGUACGCGAAGGCCGUCGUGCAAGCAAAAAUGUACGCAGAAGCUUCGGUUAGGUAUCUUGCAAGUCUAGGAGUGACUAAACAAGCUGUUUUCGCAUUGGCGACGGAUGGCGUUGAAGGAGCUGUGCUUAUGGCUUGGUGUUCGAGCGACUCCGAGACCAUCUACAUCGUUGAGCGCAAUGUUCAAACAUUCAAUAUUUCCUCGCCCAUCGAGGUCUACCAUUUUGUCACGGUCCUUCUGCGUCUGCGAGAAUAUGGGGAUACGAAGCUGAAGGAUGCGGUCUUGAAGCCGUUAGAAGUGGAUGAAUUCCAACAAAAGAGCUGGAGUAAAACGGCACAGUUUAAUAGGAUGGAAUGA